AAUAAAGCCUCCUUCUAAGACGGCAUGAUCAAGGCAAGGCAGCCCCAGACUUCUCCUCGCUCCCUCCCUUCCCAACUAUCACACAAGCAAAGAAAGGAAUUGCAGAGAGAUAACCUCUCCUCCUCCUGCAGUCUCCUCUAUCUCCUUAUUAAAUUCCUCUAUAUAUCUUCCGUCCCUCUUUCUUUCUCUCAUGCCUGCAUCAAUCUUUUCCAGAUCAAGGAUGAUUCCUAUCUUCCUUCUGUUUAAUCUUUUCUACUCAGGUGCUCCCUUCUCAUUUCCUUCUCAUUUUCCAUUCAUCUCGAGUCAUAUUCCAUAAUGGCUAAAAUGCACCUAGCUUAUAAUCUGAUCAUGCUAACAAGAAAAUUUCUCCCAAAGCACACCUUACUUUCUGCAUGUCUAAUUAAUUUCGUCGGCUUCUUUUGGUGUUUUCUAUCUCUUCUAGACUUCUGUCCAUGUUCAUUUUAAGCUUUCAUAAAUUAAAAUUACGAAAGAUAGCUAGAGUGCCGGCUUCCCGUUAUGUACAACCUUCUUUUCUUCGAUAAUUCUUUUCCUAACAAACCAUAUCAAAAAAGCAUUCCAAUUUAUAAUUUAUAUCGACAUUUAUUGUUUCAUUUUGCAGAGUUUGGCUUCCUUCAGCUUGGUUCAACUCUGGGCAUCAACUAUGGUCAAGUAGCCAACAAUCUACCACCUCCAGAGCAGGUGGUUACCCUCUUGAAUUCCCUCAGUAUCACCAAGACAAGGAUCUACGACACCAACCCGCAAGUUCUAACCGCAUUUGCAAACUCUGGGAUCGAUCUCGUUGUGACCGUACCAAAUGAAGUAGUUCCCCAAGUCACCGAUCCCCAACAAGCCCUGCAGUGGGUCAUGACCAACAUCAAGCCUUACUUCCCUGCCACAAGAAUCUCCGGGAUCGCAGUAGGCAACGAGGUUUUCACAAGCGACGACACGGCCCUCGCGUCAAACCUCGUCCCCGCGAUGCAUAGCCUCCAUGCAGCCCUUGUUCAGCUCGGCCUCGACUCCUACGUUCACAUUUCGACUGCAAACUCGCUAGGCGUGCUUCAGAACUCCUACCCUCCGUCAUUCGGGUCAUUCCGUCCAGAACUUGCCAACCUACUGCUGCCAUUCCUUCAGUUCUUGGCAGAGACCAACUCACCAUUUUGGAUCAAUGCAUACCCAUACUUUGCCUACAAGGGUGACCCAGAUGGAGUUCCUCUAGAUUACGUUCUGCUUAACCCUAACCAAGGGAUGGUGGACCCUUACACAAAGCUACACUAUGACAACAUGCUCUAUGCCCAAGUCGAUGCAGUGAUCUUCGCCAUGUCUCGGAUGGGUUAUGGUGGUCUGGAGGUCAGGGUGUCGGAGACGGGGUGGCCUUCCAAGGGGGACCCGGAUGAGAUUGGUGCCAACGUCGAGAAUGCUAGGGCUCACAACAGGAACUUGUUGCUGAGGCAAAUGAGGAACCAAGGAACUCCCUUGAGGCCCGAUCGGAGGUUGGAGGUCUACUUGUUCGCAUUGUUUAACGAGGACAUGAAGCCCGGACCGACGUCGGAGAGGAACUACGGGCUGUACCAGCCCGAUGGGACCAUGGCCUACAACGUAGGACUUGGUAAACUGACGUCUGCUGCGUCGGUGAACCUCAUUUCAUCUGCUACUCGGGAGACCGGGAAGGAACUUGGCAGCUCGUGGUACUGGAUUUUCUUAUUCUCAUUGACUUUCCCAGCUUUAAUGAGGAGAGCAAUCUAACAAAAGGGAACUGGUUUCACGUCUCUGUUUUCUUUUCUUUUUACAAGGAAAAUGGGCAGGCCAUGAACCCAUUCUUUUCCGAAUUCUUUGCUCUGUGAAGGAGGGCCUGGGAAGUUUCCAAGGCCAAAGAGAGACGUACCAAUUCAGGUAGGGACCCUUGUUCUAUCGCCUUAUCUAAUGGAGAGCCUUCUAUGCCCCAAACUACCCAGAGGAAGCACCUUGAGAUUCCUUGCAUGCCCUCAUAUAACAUCCAUUCACCACCAAGGCUAACGAAGGGUUGAUGGGCAGAUUGACAAAAGGGCAAAUGAGGGGGGUUGUUUUCGUUAUGUGGUUUAAGAAUCUGCGUCACCUUUUUUGGUCUUGCAGGAAAAGCAAUAUAUGGUGGAGGCCGCUUUGCAACGUGGAACGCACUGCGGGCUGUGUAAAUGAGAUUGGGAUUCCAACUUUUUUUCCUCCAGCUAGUUGUCGUUGAGGCCUUGUAUGAUAGUCUUAUAAUUAAGGGUAUAAAAUGGAGGGAAAGAGGGAGAACUGAAUAUAUAAAUGGGAAAAGCGUGGACAAGGUUGGGUUGGGUGUGCUUUCUGCGGCCUAGCUUUAUUCCCCGGCCAAAGCCAUCGGCCUUGGAUCAAAUGCCAUGUGACCGUGCGAACCCCCCCUUUGUACCAAACAUGAAAUGGCCUUCUAGUCCCUCACUGUAGUUGAAUGUUCAAAAUACUAAUUCAUGUCUUAGUUGUGGGCGUAAUUUUACUUGAUGUUUCAUA